AUGGAGCAAGGUUACGGAGGCUACGGGGCAUGGAGUGCUGGACCUGCCAACCCCCAGGGUACCUACGGAACUGGCGUCACCAGCUGGCAAGGUUAUGACAACUAUAAUUAUUACGGAUCCCAGAACUCCAGUGUGAGCACAGGAGCGACGUACAACUAUGGCCCGGCUUCGUGGGAGCUCGCCAAGACUAGCGAUGGCAGCCUGGCAGCUGGUGGCCCCACCAUGCAUAUGGCUUCCUAUGGCCCAGGCCCUGGUCCAGGCCCAGACCCCGGCCCUGACAACUCGGACUCCCUCAUUGCCAAAAUCAACCAGCGCCUGGAUAUGCUGUCCAAGGAAGGGAGCAGGGCAAUCGGUGUCACUGGAGAGGGCACACAGGACCGGGAGAGCUCCUUCCGCUUCCAGCCCUUCGAGUCCUACGACUCUAGGGCUUGCCUGCCUGACCACAACCCCUACCAAUCUGGCUAUGGCUACGACUACAACAUGGGCACUGACCGCAACGGUGGCUUCAGCAGCCAGUACAGCGACCCCCGGGACCUCGGCCGCGAUCGAGGGGGCCUGGACAGCUUUGUGCGGGGCCGGGGCCAGGGCCGCUUCCAGGACCGGGGCAACCCUGGCACCUUCGUGCGCAAUGACCCCUUCUUGCCGCCACCGCCUCCAGCCUCAGAGCCCCUGUCCGCUCCUUGGGGCGAGCUGAACUAUGGGACUGGGCGGAGCUUAGGUGGCCCCUCUCCCAACAGGCCACCUCCGCCUCCACCUCCACCACCACCACCCCCCCUCUUCUCCCAGCCCCUGGCCCCCGACUUUAGCAUGAUGGGCAUGCAGGGGGCAGGCAGCUUCAACAGCUCCAUGCCCUAUGGCUGUGGCCGUGCACAGGCCCGGAUCAGGGACCGGCCCCGGUGGCGAGGGUUUGAACGCUGUGGCCCUGAUGGCCCAGGCCGGAAGAGGCGGCUGCUGCAAGCUUACGAGGAGCCAGAUGUCAAGCAGCCCCGGGUGGACAGUGAGGGAGACUUUUCUGACAACGAUGAUGGAGCCGGUGACUUCCGGUCAGGAGAUGAAGAAGUCAAGGCUGAGGAUGAGUUUGGCGAGCUCGGGAGUCAGAGAGGUGAGAAGGAAGAUGAGGAUGAGGAGGUGAAAAAGCGGAGGGAGAAGCAGAGGAGGAGGGACCGGAUGCGAGACCGGGCUGCUGACAGGAUCCAGUUUGCCUGUUCUGUGUGCAAGUUCCGCAGCUUCGACGACGAGGAGAUCCAGAAGCACCUGCAGAGCAAAUUUCACAAGGAGACGUUACGCUUCAUCAGCACCAAGCUGCCUGACAAGACGGUUGAGUUCCUCCAGGAGUACAUCGUGAACAGGAACAAGAAGAUAGAGAAGCGGCGUCAGGAGAUGAUGGAGAAGGAAAGUGCGAAACCCAAACUGGAUCCUUUCAAAGGGAUCGGCCAGGAGCAUUUCUUUAAGCGGAUCGAGGCUGCCCACUGCCUGGCCUGUGACAUGCUCAUCCCUGCGCAGCACCAACUCUUGCAACGGCACCUCCACUCCCCAGAUCACAACCACAAUCGUCGGUUGGCUGCUGAACAGUUCAAGAAGACCAGUCUCCACGUGGCCAAGAGUGUUCUGAACAACCGCCACAUAGUGAAGAUGCUGGAAAAAUACCUCAAGGGUGAAGACCCUUUUACCAACGAAGCUAUUGACCCAGAAGCCGAAGGGGAGGACAAUUUAGGAGGUGAAGAUAAAGAGUCCCCUGACGAGGUGGCCGCAGAAGUCCUAGCUGAGGUGAUCACAGCAGCGGUAAAGGCUGUGGAUGGGAAUGGAGUCCCAGCUCCAGAGAGCAGUGAGGUGCUGACCACAGAGGAAGGCCUCCCAAACACAGCGGAAGCCAGUGAAAACCCCUCUGAGCAGCCACCAGCCAGUGGGACAUCUGAUGGAAUCGAGAAGGGGAGCCCUGAUGCAGAAGCUGGAAAUGACCCUGGGGAGGCUGGAAGCAGGUCUUCAGAAGCCACAGAUGAAGCUGCCACGGCCCCAAUAGUGGGAGCAUUUGCAGCCGAGGGAGAGAGCACUAGAGCAGGCCUCAUUCCAGGGCUCGACAUCGCAGACGGAGAAAUGGAAGCUCUUGAGGCGGAGUCCAAAGAUGCUCUUCCCACAUAA